UUGGGCAGAUCUUUAUCAGGCCUACACAAGAAGAGAAACUAUGAGAGGGUUAUAUAUACAAAAGCAGCUAGAUAAGAAUAACAAAUCUGUUCUCCGCCGGAGGAUAAAAUCAAAAGUUAUGACUACUGGAAAAUGAACCUAAAUUCCACCUGCACGGGCUAUAGGAAACUUCCUGAUACAAAACCCCUCAUCACCAUGAUUCGGAGAUGUAUUUCUCACUCCUUGGAGUUACACAAAGUCUGAGCUUUCUGGAUGGAGAAUGUGUUACGGCUACGGAAUAAUUACUCUGCUGUUGCGACAUGUGCACAGAAGGACGUAGGGGAGCAGCUUUCAGACAUAAGCUGCUGCUCCACAAUAUGCGGCCGAAGCAGAUGCUUCGUCUGUGGUUCUCCAUGCUCAUCCUGACCCUUCUACUGCUGUUCUGGUUUGGAGUGCUGAUCACACGGGACAGUCCUCCUGCUACACAAAACUCAUCACUCAGGGGCUACAGAAGGAUUAGCCCGCACAGAAAGACUAAGUUUCUGGAUGUUCACUGUAGCCACUGUGCCGUGGUCUCCAGCUCCGGUCAGAUGCUUGGCGCCGGUGCUGGAGAUGAAAUUGACCGAUCGGGAUGUGUGAUCCGCAUGAACAAUGCCCCCACCAGAGGGUACGAGAAAGAUGUCGGGACCCGCACCACAUUUCGGGUUGUGUCUCACACCAGUGUUCCUUUACUGGUAGAAAACAAGCAGUAUUAUUUCAAGCAGUCCGCCGAUACGACCUAUGUGUUUUGGGGCCCCAAAAGGAACAUGAGGCAAGACGGAGAAGGAAUUAUUUUCAAUGUCCUGCUGAAGCUGGCUGUUAAGUAUCCGAAAUUGAACAUGUAUGUCAUGACCCAAGACAAGAUUGAGUACUGUGACAGCGUGUUUCAGAAUGAAACUGGAAAAAACAGAAUGAAAACUGGAGCAUUUCUCAGCACUGGAUUUUUCACAAUGAUCCUGGCUAUGGAUAUGUGUGACAGGAUCAGUGUCUAUGGAAUGAUUGAUGAUAACUACUGUAGCCGAGCCAAUCACAGCGAUGUUCCUUACCAUUACUAUGAGCAAAAGAGGAUCAGUGAGUGCAGGAUGUAUACAUACCACGAGUUCACACAGCGUGGAGGACACCGCUUCAUCACUGAGAAGGCCAUCUAUGCCAAAUGGGCAACACAGCACAAUAUACAGUUCAAACAUCCUGCAUGGAAACUCUGAGAAAUGGCAGAGUUGUUGAGAUGUAUGAAUAUCUCAGAUGUUGAAGUUACUAGACUUUUAUUUUGUUGUUCUUGUUUUAACAUUUUGGGUAUGUGUGUGUGAGGAAAAGCACACUUAGCUACAAAUGACUACACUUAGCUGGGCAAAGUGUAGCCAUGUUUACCCAUAUAUUUGUACGGAUGACAGUAAUUUAUAAAACAUUCAUUAGUUCUCUUCACGUGCCUUAAUUUUACAGGACUCUGCAGUAAUCCAUAAUGAUUUAAUGUAACUAAUCAAAUGUUCCUCUCAGAACUAGGAUCAGCAAACUUAAAAUCAUGACGGUUAUCUAUCAGAUUCAGUUCAGAAUUCAAAGGUAUAUGAAAACUGUACUGUUAUUUUUCUUCUAAAAUUUACUUUUAGAAGGAUUACUUUAUGCAUUAUGCUGCCUGGUUAAAUGAGUAAAUCUUGUAUCGCUACCCUCUCAGGUACAUAUUGUUUAUUUUGUGAUCAAUUCCAAAGACUGUUCUAAUAUUUUUAUUGGAAGCAUUUUACUUAAAGAUACACUAGGAAUGUGAAUUAUUUGAAUGAUAGUGUCUUAUUUAUUGUGUCUUAACUGUGUAUCUGCUGCAAAGCAAAAACUUGAAAACUUGCUGCCACUGCUGGAGAGGUAUGUUUCAUCUUAAAUAAAUCUCAUGUCAAACACA